ACAGACACAUUACGUAAAGUCUCCUGCCGAAGUCGCGAGAGAAGUUGAGGGACGAGCUGAAUCUCUGCACCGUCUGUCGCAGGACUUGAUAGCAAGCUCGUAAAGAUGUCCUUCGGCGGAUUCAGCUUCGGCAGCGGGUCCAACUCGGCACCGUCCUCUGCGACUCAACCAGCCGUUCCUCAGUUCUCUUUGACCGCGCCGACACCAACCGUGUCUGCCUCUUCGACCUUCUCCUUCGGCAACAACUCUGCCUCUCAGACUCAAGCAGGUCAACAGCAAGGCUCAACAGGGGCCCAAGCUCCAUCCACGUCGAGCACUGGUCAAACUGGCUCCCUAUUUGGCUUUGGACAGAACCAAAAUCAAUCUACGAGUCAGUCUGCCAAUCCAGGUCAAUCUGGCACCCAGACGCAGCAACAGCAGAGUAGUGGAAGCUUAUUCGGUGGAUCUUUGUUCGGUGCCAAGCCUGCUCAGAGUGCUCCUGCUGCAGGGACCAACACAGGCGGAGGUUUGUUUGGUGGUGGAUCUUCACUGUUUGGUUCACAAACUACCCGACCCCAGCAAAAUCAACAGUCUUCCACAUCCCUCUUCGGCCAAUCCAGUACCACUCAACAACCUGCAACUACCUCUCUCUUUGGUCAAUCCACUGUCCAGCCCUCGAGCGGUCUCUUUGGAUCGAGUAAUCAAGCUCAGAAACCAGCAGGGUCUACUUUGUUUGGAAGUACAACCCAACCACAGCAGUCACUGCUCAGCUCCCAGAAUCAGCAAUCUGGCUUGGGACAGUCUAGCUCAGCAAGCUCUUCCGGACUGAAUAAAACCACUCGAUUCACCGACUUGCCCGAACAAGCUCAGCGAACCAUCGAACAGUUGGAUGGCUUCUUCAAGCAACAGAAAGAAGCCGGGAAGGGUAUAAAUCCCGAACCGUUAGGCCAAGCCAUCCAGCAGACGUCCCUCGACGUCAAAGCGGCUAGCGAGGAAGCAUCCGCGCUCACACAAGGCAUCAAUGCUCUACAAUCAUCUCUCAAACAGCUGAAAGACAAGUUUGACUCUGAAGAAACCGAUCUGAGGAAAGUAGCGGAGAUUUGGGAGACUUAUCGAUCAGUGGAUGGUCGACCCGGAGCUGUGCGAGUCGCUGCUCACCGCGAUUUUCCUCACGAAUUCUUCGCACGUACCGCUGCUGGAAUGCAGGAGAGAGCAGCGAGGUAUCGUAAAUCCAUUGCGCAAUUGCAAAGGGUCAUUCAAUCCUUGUCCUCCAGGCAGGACACAGUCUCUCCCCAUGCCAUCGCGCAGACUAUUCAGAAUCACCAAAAUGCUAUUCUCUCUUUGGCCGCCAGACUCGAACAGAUGCAGAUUCGGAUGAUCCAUCUCAAAGGAGUAUACACCGAUCAGUAUAGGGAAGGGACAAACUCGAUGAGGGAUCCCUUCGAAGUCGCUCGGGAGGAGAAGGGUCUUCCUCCUAUUCGAGCGGCAUCUUGGUCGAUAUGACACAAGCGAAUUAUAUCAUACUACAUUAAUGAUACAUAUCAUGCUCAUGCAGACAU